GAGGCGAGAGUGCCAGUGGGGGGCAGAUGUGUGUGUGUAUAUAUACAUAUAUAUAUAUAUAUAGGAGGCACACACUUGUAAACGGAUUAAUUCUACCUUUCUGGCUUCAGGACUUCGGGAGGAAACCCCAAGAGGCCAGCCUUUCCUUGCCUUUGGGAAAGUCUUCCCAGACCAGAAGUAGCUGUGAAGAGCAGAAAAGAUGAAGUGGUUCUUCUCUUCGACCUUAAUGUGGAUGGCAGUGGUGGUGACCUCUUGGGUCAUCAUAGCUGCAGCCUCUGACACCUCGGCAGCGAGAAGCUGCUCUGAAUGUCACAGCAAUGCCACCUGCACGGAGGAUGGGGCUGCCACUACGUGCUCCUGCCAGACGGGCUUCACUGGCGACGGCCUCGAGUGCGAGGACCUGGACGAAUGCGCCACUCCUGGGACACACAACUGCUCCGCCCCCAGCAGCUGCGUGAACACGCCAGGUUCCUACACGUGCGUCUGCCCGGAAGGCUUCCGCCUGAGCUCCGAGCUCGGCUGCACGGACGUGGACGAGUGUGCAGAGCCAGGGCUCAGCCACUGCCACGCCCUGGCCACCUGCGUCAACAGCGAGGGCAACUACUCGUGCGUGUGCCCCGCGGGCUACUGGGGGGACGGGAGGCACUGUGAGUGCUCCCCGGGCUCCUGCGGGCCUGGCCUGGACUGCGUGCACGAGGGCGACACGCUCGUGUGCGCCGACCCGUGCCAGGUCCACCGCAUCCUGGACGAGUACUGGCGCAGCGCCCAGUACGGCGCGGGCUACGCCUGCGACUCCGACGUGGCCGGCUGGUACCGCUUCGUGGGCCUGGGCGGCGUGCGCCUGGCCGAGACCUGCGUGCCCGUCCUGCGCUGCAACACGGCCGCGCCCAUGUGGCUCAAUGGCACGCACCCGUCGAGCGGCGAGGGCAUCGUGAGCCGCAGGGCCUGCGCGCACUGGAGCGGCCACUGCUGCCUGUGGGACACGCCCGUCCAGGUGAAGGCCUGCGCCGGCGGCUACUAUGUCUACAACCUGACGGCGCCCCCCGAGUGCCAUCUGGCUUACUGCACAGACCCCGGUUCCGUGGAGGGGACGUGUGAGGAGUGCAGUGUAGACGAGGACUGCAAAUCGGAUAAUGGCAGAUGGCACUGCCAGUGCAAACAGGACUUGAGCAUCACCGAUCUCUCCCUCCUGGAGCGCAGGCUGGAAUGUGGGGUCAAUGACAUUAAGCUGUCCCUGGGCAAGUGCCAGCUCAAGAGCCUGGGCUUUGAGAAGGUCUUCAUGUACCUGCGAGACAGCCAGUGCUCGGGCUUCACUGAGAGGGGCGACCGGGACUGGAUGUCCGUGGUGACCCCAGCCAGGGAUGGGCCCUGUGGGACGGUGAUGACGAGGAAUGAAACUCAUGCCACAUACAGCAACACUCUCUACCUGGCAGAUGAGCUCAUCAUCCGUGACCGCAACAUCAAAAUCAACUUUGCGUGCUCCUAUCCCCUGGACAUGAAAGUCAGCCUGAAGACCUCCCUGCAGCCAAUGGUCAGCGCCCUAAACAUCAGCAUGGGUGGGACCGGAACGUUCACCGUGUGGAUGGCGCUCUUCCAGAGCCCUGCCUACAUACAGCCCUACCAAGGCUCCUCCGUGACCCUGUCCACCGAGGCCUUUCUCUAUGUGGGCACCAUGCUGGAUGGGGGCGACUUGUCCCGGUUUGCACUGCUGAUGACCAACUGCUAUGCCACACCCAGCAGCAAUGCCACAGACCCCUUGAAGUACUUCAUCAUCCAGGACAGAUGUCCACGCACGGAGGACUCAGCCAUCCAAGUGGAGGAGAAUGGGGAGUCCCCUCAGGGCCGCUUUUCUGUCCAGAUGUUCCGUUUUGCUGGAAACUAUGACCUGGUCUACCUGCACUGUGAAGUGUAUCUCUGCGACACCGUGAAUGAAAAGUGCAAACCUACCUGCUCCGAGACCAGAUUCCGCAGUGGGGGCAUCAUAGACCAAACCCAUGUCCUAAACUUGGGUCCCAUCACACGGAAAGGGAGCCAGGCCGCAGUCUCGAGGGCUGCUUCCAGUAGCUUGGGGCUCCUGAAGGUCUGGCUGCCUCUGCUUCUGUCGGCCACCUUGACCCUGAUGUCUCAGUGAUCAGUGGCUGGAAACCCUGUGCUCUGUGGCUACCAACUCACUUCCUACUGACUGGUGAGGCGAUGCAGGCUAGCACUCUACGCACAGAGAAAGGAGCCCACAUUUCAGUCACUCUGCUCCUAUUUUCUCCCCUUUAAUCCUUGCUACCGAAAAACAGCCUGUGUCUUUAAAUGCUGCCUUCUCUCAAAAUGGGACUUGUGAUAUGUCUGCACACGAGGCCCCUAUCUCCUUAAAUAGUGUUGCAAAAUAAUAAUUUUGAAAAGCUCA